AUGAUCACAGGCUACAACCUGCAAACUAAAGAAUGGCAGAAGACCAAAGAGCUUGCGCAGGCUCUCAUAACCAACCAACUUGCGGCCGAGAAGUCGACGGAUCUCAUUCUUGGCAAAGGGAACGGCUUGACUAUCCUGCCACAUGGUGGCCCGGGGACUGGCAAAACAUUCACAGCGGAAAGGAAAUGCUCUAGUCUCGGUUUUCCUGCGCGUCCUGGAAUACAACGUUGGCAUCCACAUCCCGCACCUCCAACCGUGUCGGCACUUUCGACGAGGCGUUUCAAAUCCCGUAUCCAGCUGGCCCUGCGCUACGAAAACCUGACCGUCGCUCAACAGAAAAAGAUUUGGCGCAACUUCCUUGCCCGACUCAGAAGCCUUGACGCCAGCAGUAUCGAGUUCGACGACGUUAUGGACAACGUCGAUGAGCUUGUCAAGGAGGACACGAACGGCUGCCAGAUCCGCAAUGCGAUCAUUACGGCUCGCUAG